AUGGGCGGGGCCUGCGUGUGUGAGGGCUGCACGCGGAUCAUCUCGGACCGCUUCCUGAUGCGGGUCAGCGGCGCGUCCUGGCACGAGGGGUGUCUGCAGUGCGCGGCGUGCCAGAGGCCGCUCACCGCCACCUGCUUCCUCAGAGACCGCACGGCGUACUGCCGGGCCCACUACCAGCAGUUGUUUGCCAACAAGUGCAGCGGCUGUCUGGAGGAGAUAGAAGCCACGGAGUUGGUAAUGCGAGCUCUGCAGAGUGUUUACCAUCUCAGCUGCUUCUGCUGCUGCGUCUGUGAGCGCCAGCUGUGCAAAGGAGACCAGUAUGUUCUGAAAGAAGGUCAGCUGCUGUGCAGGAGCGACUACGAGAGGGAGAAGGAGCUGCUCAGCACCGUCAGUCCAGACCGCUCAGACUCAGAUAAGAGUGAGGUUGAGGAUCUGGAUGUGAAGUCAGAGAAGUGCCCUGCAGCAGGGAACGCCAGCAGCGACAGCAACAACCCUCGUCGGCCCAAACGGCCACGCACCAUCCUCAGCAGCCAGCAGAGGAGAGCCUUCAAGGCCUCCUUUGAGGUCUCCUCCAAACCCUGCAGGAAGGUAAGAGAGACGCUGGCUGCAGAGACUGGACUCAGUGUACGCGUGGUCCAGGUCUGGUUCCAGAACCAGAGGGCAAAGAUGAAGAAGUUAGCCCGCAGACAACAACAGCAGCAGCAGGAGCAACACAACCACCAGAGGCUAGGCCAAGAGGUGGUAUCAGGGUGUAUGGAGGGCCUGCUAAGCUCCUUCUCUUGCCAUCUGCCCCCCAGCAAGCAGCAGCAGCUAACCAUGGACCACAGCGGCUAUAACAUUGAGGCCUUCCAGCAGGGCCUGACGCCACCACAGAUGCCUGGUGACCACAUGAACCCCUACGGCUCUGGCUCCAUCUUCCAUGACAUUGACAGUGACACCUCCCUGACCAGUCUAAGUGACUGCUUCAUGGCGACUCCAGAUAUGGGCUGCUUGCAGGCUCGGCCCGGGAACCCCAUCGACUGCCUCUACUCUAUGCAGAGCUCCUACUUUGCCUCUUGAGACGUUUCCAUUACUGUUGGCACCACACCACAUCCCGGCUAAUGAACAGGGCUACACACUAGACACACAGGCUCCACAAUGGUCCUGCAAGACAUGUAUCAGCAAGCAGGGAAAAGUGACUGUGGGACAGGUUCCCCAUAUAUACCUAGAAAAAAAGAAACAUUAGACUACAUGUUUCUCAGCAGUAACACAGUUUGAUAGGGGCAUUCAAAUGUUGCAAGUCAUUUUUAAUGGCACAAUCAAGCAAAUAUAGGAUUGGUAAUUUCUUUUAGGCAAACUACCAGAAGCGUCUGUGAGCCAACUGAUUGUUACCUGUUGCUUAAUGUAAACACUGUUCUUCAGAAACAUCCAGUUUAGCAUUUAGGAUGGACAGCUAUGUGUUUAUUCCUCACCAACGUGCUGGUACACACUAAAUAAAAUCACUCUAUUUAAAAAGACAAUAUGAUCUCAUUGUAAAUUACAAACAACAAACAUCCUCAUUCAUCAGUCAUUAUUUGAUUCUGCUACCAUGGUGUUUGUGUUGUGUAAUUAGUGGGUAAAUCAGUAUUGCUUUGCUAUUUAUUUUUCCAUUCAGAUCACCUGGACAUUAUCAAGA